AUGGAUCAUCUCAAAUUCGAGGUUUUCCCCUUCAGAGCUCACUUUAACGUUUCCGAGAAAUUUCUGCGCCUCGCAAUCGUCCAGCUCGAUCCGUUCAUAAACAAGAAGCGAGGUCGUGGUUUUGUGGAAGUGUACGGCGCGUUCUCGCAGGCAGCUUUCGCAAUUCAGGCCAUAACUAAGCACAGAUUAUCUAUCGUCUCCGUGGAAGACGCUCCUCAUGGGAUCAAACUCAAAAACGGAACUUUCCUUGGGAUCAUGGGAAUGUUCCAGAGAGGAGAAAUCGAUGUCUUCAUGGGUCCCGCUUUGCAAAACAACGACCGUUUCCCAAUAGUGGAGUCUUCGACUGUCUCCGUCUCCACGUACAACCUCUUGACGUGGUCUCCUCGAAAGAUGAUAGAUCCCUUCAACUUCGUGCUAGCUUUCGAUGCUGACGUCUGGGCAGUUCUCAUCAUCAGUUUCGUCUCGCUAGUCAUUUUCAGUUGGACUGUGGACAGGUACUUGACGCCGUGGAGGACGGAACCCAAACUUCCGGUGACUUUCUACAUCUGGGAGUUCUUCACAUACUUCUUCCCUCAAUGCUCGGGGACGCAGCAAGCGAGAUGGUUCAGAAUGUGCCAGAUGGGGUUCUGGAUCGGUUUCUCCCUCCUGCUCAUGACAUCCUUGAGUGGCGCUCUCACGUCAACGAUGACAAUCAAGGGAGAAGAGGAUUCUGUGAAAAAAUACGCCGACAUCCUUCGCUUUCCUGAGGUUCAGAUUUUCGCUGAGGGGCAAUCUUGGUUCACGCAGAUCUUCACGCAUCCUCAGAACGAAUUGUAUCGAAAACUCAGCAGUAGACUGCGUCCUGUCCGCGGGCUCUUUAGGGACAGAGCUAAAGCGCGUCAGGCUGUCGUCGCGACGGAAGCCAGGAGAGGAGUGAUCGUCGGGAGUCCGACGAUUUGUAAGUCUUUCAUAUUGAAAGAGAAGAAAGCAUCGGGAAGAUGUCCGCGGGUAACGAUCUCGUCCGGGAAUGCGGGUCUCAUGAGUGGUUCCAUACUGAUAUCUCGGAAGUUACCAAGAGCUCUGCGAUCUCUGAUCAACAAAGGGGUCUUAGCGUCAACGGAAGCAUUUCUCCAUCAACAGUACGUCAAAUGGACUCUGAGAGAUGUUGAAGAAUGCCUCCGAAAUCCGGACGUGGAUGAUAAGCGAAGCACUAGGGGGCUCUCCAUUCCUGAUCUGCAAGGAUCCUUCAUCCUCUUGUCGAUAGGCCUCUCGGUUGCGUUGGGGACGUUCGCCAUAGAGAGAAUUCUAGAACAAUCUGGAUGA